GCAUCAAGAGAGCAUGGCUCACCUGAGUGAACGUAAAUGGACUCACGUGUUCCCUUUCCUGGUGGUCUCCCUGGUGUACUCUGCCAGUGCUGAAUACUCCAACUGCGGCGAGAAUGAAUACUACAACCAGACCACUGGCAUGUGCCAUGACUGCCCCAAGUGCGAGCCGGGUGAAGAACCUUACAUGACAUGUGGAUAUGGCACCAAAGACGAGGACUAUGGCUGCAUCCCCUGCCCUUCAGAGAAGUUUUCCAGAGGAGGUUACCAGAUAUGCAGACGGCACAAAGACUGUGAGGGUUUUUUUCGAGCCACAGUCAUGACACCUGGUGAUCAGGAGAAUGAUGCAGAAUGUGGUCCUUGUCUCCCAGGUUACUACAUGCUGGAAAACAGACCUCGCAACAUCUACGGGAUGGUUUGCUACUCGUGCUUGUUGGCACCUCCUAACACCAAGGAAUGUGCAGGGGCUAACUCUGGCAUUUCAGCCAUUUUUCCAAGUACCUCUGGCACAAGCACUUUCUCACCUUACCAGCAUGCUCACAAAGCAGAUCUUUCAGGACAAGGACAUCUGGCUACAGCUCUUAUAAUUGCCAUGUCUACCAUCUUCAUAAUGGCUAUUGCCAUUGUCCUCAUCAUCAUGUUUUACAUUGUGAAAACAAAACCUUCUGCUCAAGCCUGUUGCAAGAGCCACUCAGUAAAAAAUGUUGAAGCUCAGGCUAACACACAAGAAGAGAAGAAAGAAGUGCAAGAUAAUGUUGUGAUAUUCUCUGAAAAAGAAGAGUUUGAAAAACUUACAGCAACUCCAGCUAAGGCUGUCAAAAGUGAAAACGAUGCAUCUUCUGAGAAUGAACGACUUUUAAGCCGUAGUAUGGAUAGUGAUGAAGAAGCUGCAGUUGACAAGCAAGGGACCCCAGAGAGAUGCUUAUUAUCUUUAGUGCAUUUGGCCAGAGAUAAAUCUUCUACAAGCAAUAAAUCAACUGGGAUUCAAAGUCGAAGGAAAAAGAUACUCGAUGUGUAUGCUAACGUAUGCGACGUUGCAGAAGGUCUGAGCCCUACAGAGCUGCCAUUUGAUUGCCUGGAGAAGACCAGCCGAAUGCUCAGCUCGACCUACAACACAGAAAAAGCCAUAGUGAAAACGUGGCGCCACCUUGCCGAGAGCUUUGGACUGAAGAGAGAUGAGAUAGGCGGUAUGACAGACGGCAUGCAGCUGUUUGACCGCAUCAGCACGGCAGGUUACAGUAUCCCAGAACUGCUAACCAAACUGGUACAAAUUGAGCGGUUGGAUGCUGUUGAAUCCUUGUGUGCAGAUAUUCUGGAGUGGGCGCAAGCAAUGCCAGCUCCUGAACCAGCAGGGACAUCCUGACAUGCCUGCCUGGGACCUGCACUUCUACAUCACCCCAAAGAAGCACGAUUUCGGCAAGCACACAAAGACUAUGGACAAAAGACCAUUGAUGUUUCUUCUACAUAAUUGCUCCUGAUAGCCAAUGGGAAGCUCUUCUCUUUGACUUCUAAAAAAAAGUGAAGUUGCACAUUUAUAAAAAUAAGAGCAGAAAUCUCCCAAGAACCUUGGUAUGAAACAUGUCAAUAAACAAAAAUUAUUAUAUUAACCAGUUACUGAUAACAAGUGGACACACAAACAUCCAUUUUGCAGUCUGUAUUAUGAGUUUAAGGGCAAAUAACCCUGCUGAUACCCUUCCUACCUGGCCUUCAAGAAAGGCAUUGAA